GGAGCACGCAACAUUUAAAGCGACACACUUCCUUAGCCCGUGGAUAACACACACCACACACAUACACACACGCACACCACACACAUACACACAUCACACCACACACAGACACACCGGUGUGCAGGACAUGAACAAGAACAGACAUGUGGAUCCAUCUCAACAGGUCCAGAGAGCCUGCUUUAGAUGGUAGACAGGUCGGGCUGUGAAGGGGACAGGUUGCAUCAUCUCUCUUCCUCAAUGAGGCUCAGCCGGGCUCAGCUGAGGUUAUGAUCAGUGACCGCACAUGGAGCAACACAUCCUGCUGUACUGGCCGAAUAUCAUCGGUUACAUGAGGAUCGGUCUUUUACUUUCUGCAUGGGCUGCACAUGAAACUCCAUUUCUCUUCAUCAUUUUGUACUCCAUCUCUGUCGCUCUCGAUGGUGUGGACGGCUGGCUGGCAAGGAAGCUGGGACAGACCUCCAGGUUCGGGGCCUGGCUGGACGUAGUAGUGGACAAUGUGGGCAGAGGGAUGCUGUGGAGUCUGCUGUUUGAGUGGGGCUGGCUGGUGUCUGCAGUGGAGUGGUGUGUGUUUGUGUGUAACCACAGCAGCAGAGGAGAUCACUGGAAGGACAGCUUCAGCCGCAGCCCUGCGAUCAUACGAGCCAUCAUGGACAAAGGGUUUCGGACUCCUCUGGGCCUGUGGGUGGUGAGCGGGCUGCACUGCCUCCCUCUCUGGUUGUACGGCUCUCAGACCGGUUUACUCUCCCGCUGGAUGUACCUGCCGCCCUGGAUCCAGAAUCUGGUGACCGUGCUGCUGGCUGCAGGACGCUUGCUGGCUCUUUUAGCGGAGAUCUGGUGCAUACGGACACACGUUGAAUUCCUCACCAACGAAGAAACAGACGACAGAAAGAGAUGAGAGUCACCAGAGAAGUCCAGCUGUCCUGUGCACACUGACAGAUUUUUGGACUCUUUAGUUUCUAAGAUAUUUAUUUUCUUUUGAGUGUGAAGAAGAGCUUUAAUUUGUGUAAAGUUUUUAAAGGACUGAUAUAUGGUUUUGGUGAUGUAUUUUGAAGCCAGCUGCACUAGAGGAGUAUGCACUAAGGGAAGUCAAGGUUGGAUUGAAAACAUUUGCUUUGUUUGUCUGUAUAUCCAACAAGUAUUUUUGCAACGAAG